CAGAGACCUAUAUGCCUGCUUAUUUACUCAAUCUCAGGACGUAUCAGUGUCCUCUGCACUUCUCAUUACAAAAUGACCACUCUGCUACCCUUUGUUCUCUUUCCAGUGCUGUUAUGGGGUGGAGCCCUACAAACCAACGUAACCAUGGAAGAUGAUGGUGGAACCCGGAAAAUCAAAGAAGAUGAUGAGUCCUUCCAGAAGCAAGAUGAACUCCCUGUCAUUGUGCGCUGCAACUUGACCCAUUUGGAAUGGCUCAGCAAUGAGCUCUGCCAGUUCUCAUUCACAAAUGACAUGCAGGACAUUAAUAAGGACCUCUGGUGCGAUUGGGAGUCAGUCAUAAGGCCAUAUAACAUGCUGACCUUGUGUUUGGAGUACCUGACGAGCAAGCUAGGCUGCUUCUUCCCCAAUAACGCUGUGCAAGAGGCAUUGCUACAGGUGCAUAUCCAGUACUUCCAUCACUGCCAUGACCAGGAAGAAGGCUUCAGUGAUGCCCCUCACUACGUGGCUGUUACCCUCACCAUUGUGCCAGUUUGCCUCAUUCCUAUCCUUGUUUUCCUGAUUGUUUGCAAGAGCAAGGUAAGGGAAUGAGGGAGAUCAUCUGGUAGGACAGGACGGUUGGAUGCUGGAUGGAACACUUUCCUGAAGAUUGUCUGGUGUAGAGCUGUGAACGUGGGAACUGUGACUGUUUAACGCUAUAUUUUAUGCUUUUUCAGAAAGCCUAUGUGGGUUUAUGUGUAUUUAGAAGUGCUUGACUCAGUUUAAUGAAUCUGUUUCCCCAGGAAUAGUUGAAUUGUCUUAAAUACAGUUCCAAAGCUAUGGAAAGAUUACCAAAGAAUGGAAUCAGAAUGCAUUUUUCAUUGACAUACUGUAGCAGUAAAACCUCCUGCAGAUUUCAAACCAUUUCAAUGCACAAUUUCUUUUUCAUACUCUGUAUGGAGGAGCAAAGUGAUUUUAAAAGACUUUAAAAUGCUGCUUCUUUUAUCGCUGCGUGUUACGGGGCAAUUUGUUUGCUGGACUGCAAUUUAAGAUCACAGCUUGCUGAUGACAUUGCUUCUUCUGCAUGCUGAAUGUAAAAAAUUGUCCUUGUCAGGUUAUAUUUAAAUGGUAAAAGACAAAACCCCAAAGCUCAGAGAGAAAGAAAGGGAGAGAGCACAGGUAAAUGUUUUUUUUAAUUAUCUUAGCUUCUGUCCCAUGGUGGGAAUCCACACAUCAGAGGAAGUGAGAGCUUCCUGUUGUUGUAGAAUGUUCCUUUAAAAUGGUGGAAAUAUCUAAACUUGAUUUCACUGAGGAACAGAGGAUAAAGCAGUCUGUGAAAAUGCAAGGGUCUUUUGCAUCUAUGGGCUUCAUGGGAGUUCUGUGUUUGGGUAAGUUAUCAUUUCAAAUGAGAAAACAAUGUAGGAGAGCAUAGUAUUCUAAAUAACGGUAUUAUUUAAGUGCGCACCUAUUAAAUUAGGCACAAAUAAUCACUGUAAAUUCCUUCCGUAUUAUGAGAGAAUUUAUUUUAAUGAGGCAGAAGUGAGAAUGUUAUUGUUUAAAUGUAAAUGUUGUAUAAUCAUGAUGUAGUAGAUAAAGAUGUAAUAGAAUUACAAACAUAAAUAUUUUAAAUAAUUAAAUACUUACUUCUGAGUCCAGUCUGAUGGUCUUAAAA